AUGGCGGCGGGACGGCGGCGGCGGCGGCGGCGGCGGCGGGGGAGCGGCACCUCGGGGCGGCCGCGGGGCCCGGGAGAGGACACGCAGUCGCAGAGGAAUGAGAAGAUGGAGUGCUCAAACCACGAUGCAGCACAUGCGCUCGUUCUCUCCCCUGAUGGGAAACUUUAUGAACACGGGGCAACAGCUUCAGCUGACUGCUCUCAGACGAGGCUGGUGAAAGAACUAGAAAACCAAAAUAUUGUUCAAAUAGCAUGUGGGGACCAGCAUGCCAUGGCACUGUCCAGAGGAGGGAAGCUCUUCACCUGGGGCCAGAACGGCCACGGGCAGCUUGGAGUGGGGAGCCAAACCACGCUCAUCCCCCAGCCACAGCUGGUGGAAAGACUGAAGGGCAUCUCACUCGCUCACAUUGCUGCUGGAGGAGCUCACAGCGUCGCCGUGUCACUCUCUGGAGCUGUGUACUCCUGGGGGAAGAAUGAUUUUGGACAGCUGGGACUCGGAGACACAGAAGACAGGAACUGUCCAUCGUACGUUGGAGCGUUGGAGCACUGGAAGACUGUGUUUAUCUCAUGUGGGGCAGAUCACACUGCAGCUCUCUCCAAGGAGGGGUUGGUGUGCACCUUUGGAGCAGGAGGGGCUGGCCAGCUCGGUCACAACUCCACCCGAAAUGAACUCACGCCUCGUGUGGUGGCCGAGCUCUGGGGAGCAAGAGUUUCGCAGGUGGCCUGUGGCAGUCAGCACACCCUGGUCUAUGUCCCCUCCUUGGACAAAGUCUAUUCGUUUGGUUCUUAUGAAGAAGGACAUCUGAGAGAUGAGAGAAAGCCUAAUCAGUUGAUACCACUUCCCAUCAAUUCACCAGUGAAUACUGGAAAAUCCUGUCAGGAAAACAACACGUCACAAGAGGUGAUUGAAAUUAUUGCAGGAGGAAACCAAAGAAUUGUCCUUUGCAGGAGCAACAAGAAUUCCUGUUUGAAUGGAAUUGCCACUCUGAAGGAUAAAGAUGUGGAUACAUGGAUUUCUAAUUCCAGUUCGCAACACUGGAUUAGUAUAAAAAAGAAUAUCGGACUGAUCUUUUCAUCUGAGGCUUGCAUCAAUGGAAGCUUCCUGGAGAAAAGAGACAAACAUUUCAAAACUUCCAAAGAAUUCUCGGGUGUAGACAUAUCAGAAGUGCAAUGUUUUUAUGAGAAGAUCAUCAAGAAGCCAGAACUCUUCCAGGAGGUACAAAAGGAGAUUGAGAAGCUAGUGCCAUCAUUGUCUUCCUCUCCCAUCUCACCUGAAAAUUUCAGAGUCUACUUGAUCUUGCCUUUCCUUCUACAGGGCAAUGAUGAGAGCUCUUACCGUUCUCUUAGGCUUCUAGCACAAGCCAUCAUGAAGCUCCAGCCAAAGGACUUGCAAACUCUUGAGUGCCUGUGGUCAAAUCUAGAAACAUCCUUUUUCAAUAAGCUGGUCGUUCUGUAUCAGAGCGUUUCCCAGAAAAGCUUGCUUCAGUUUGCUGAGGAAGUCAGAGGCUUCCAAAGAAACCUCUUUGAACUGCACCCACAUGAAACAGUGACUCUGCAAAUACUGCAGAUUCUUUACCAGGUGAACUCCAGAACUGGUUUCAGAGUACAAGAAAACAACUUCUACGUGCCUGAAGUGAAAGUGAUUAUCGGAUUGUGUUGGGCCUUUAAUGUAAAAGAAAUGCCCCUAUGGAAGCUGACCAAAUACCCAUGCAUCUUUGACAUUCAAGACAAGAUUGCCAUUCAUAAUACAGAACGCAAUACUCUGUCCAGCCCCUGUAGUGAUAUAUAUUUAAUAGUGAUGGGCCAGGAACACUGGGUUUUUCCAGUCAGAAGACAGUACCUUCUGCAAGAUAUAUGGACCCAUUUAAAUGACGCACCAACUGAGCAAUUCAAGAAGAUCUUAAAGGUGUCCUUCGUGGGCGAGGCGGGAGUGGACGAAAGAGGGCUGUCCCAGGAGCUCUUCAGCGUCGCCGCCAGGACCCUCUGCCAGCCCAGCACCGGCGCGUUCCGCCACGUCGCCUCCGGCCUGGCGUGGUUCCCCAGCCAGGCCCCGAGCAGCGAGCACACCUUCUUCCGGAUCGGGACGCUGUGCGGCAUGGCUCUGUACAACGGGCUCAUGGCGCCCAUCCCCUUCCCCAGGGCGCUCUACAAAAAGCUGCUGGGCCUGGCGCCCACCCUGGAGGACCUCGAGGAGCUGUUGCCAGCCGCAGGCCGGAAUCUUCAGGGAAUUUUGGAUGAAGAAUGUGAUCAUAUCCUUGAGAGCCUGGACAUGGACUUCACAAUAAUGGAAGAAGAUUCCAUGGUUACUGUUGAACUUAAAAAAAAUGGUGCCAACAUUCCUGUCACGAAGUAUAACAGGAAAGAAUUUGUUGACUUAUAUCUGAAUUAUGUGUUCAAUGAAUCAAUACGGAAGCCAUUUAAGGACUUUAUGCAAGGGUUUUCAAGAGGCUGCCCAGCUAGAAAGUGGAAGAUGUUUCUCCCUGCAGAGCUCCAGAUUGUUCUCCAGGGACACACAAAAUUUGACUGGCAUCUGCUGGAAGAGAAUGUGACAUACAGUCAGUAUAAAAGGUUAGAUCGAACCAUCAGGAAUUUUUGGAUUGUGUUUCACAGACUCCCAGAAGAAAGAAAGAAAAUGUUUCUCGCUUUUUUGUCAGGAUCUGAUCGAAUUCCUGGCUAUGGACUGGAAUAUUUUAAAUUUUGUAUUGCGGAUCCUAAAGCAGAAAACCCAGAUGAGCUCUAUCCUUUUGCCAAUACCUGCAGCCACAUUUUGUUCCUCCCCAGAUACAGCAGUAAAAGAAUACUCAAGAAAAAGCUGCUCUAUGCCACAGAGCAUAAUGAAAGUUUUGGCUUUGGCUAACUCUUGGUGAGGAGCACUUUAAAACAAGAAAAAGAAAACAAGUCUUUGUUUCGCUUGUCACAUUUUUCCCUUACUGGUUUCCACCCUGCUUUAUUUUUUACUGCACUUUAUGAACACUCGAGUGUGUGUAUUCACUGGGAUUUUAUAUUGAUUAUAAAAAUGAGCUUAGGCCAGAUACCUGAUUGUUAGAUUGUAAAGUUAAGAAAGAAGAGUCCUAUUUAACACACUUCCAAGAAGGACACUGAUAACCAAGUAUAUUUACAUAUAUGUGCAUCCUGUCUGCUCUGUGCUGGCCCUGUUUAGUUGGUAAGCUUUCAGCAGCAGGGAUUCUGUGAUUUGUACAUUACCAAACACACAGCCAGUAUAUGCUAAGCAGUCAUCAACGCAAGAGGAAGCUAGCAUAAAGAUCUCAUCAAUAUUAGGGAUUCUCUUGGGGAGCAACUAACGCUAAGGUGGCAUGUUCCUGCAAACUGAAUUGAAGGAGCAGUCUGUGCUCACCUGCAUAUGGCCUUCGACUUACCUGAGAGAAGUUCUUAGGAUGAGGAUUUGAUCAUUCCUAGACUUUGUCAAAAGCUGUAUUUGUAAAGCAUUAAUGGACUUUCUCUUAUUUAGUGUGAGAACACUGUGAUAUUUGUCAUGUUUCUUUAUAUCUUCUAGGGAGAUGUUUAGCAGUUAAAUAAAAUUUUAGGCUUGCAGAACAGCCCUGUCUACAGAACCUUGCAGGGCUGCUGCUCUUUGUCAAAACAGUGCAUAGCACUGGCAGGAUAUUUACGAUGUCAGGCAGGAUGUAAAGGCAGGAUGUGUAUUUUUCUGUAUGGUUUGCUUUGUGUAAAAAAAUAGAAGGAAAGACAGAGAGAGACAGCAAUCAUUUUUCAGCAGUCUUCUCCUUCCUUUGGUGUGUUAAAUGUGUCACUGGACAUACAUAUGUAAAGAAGACUUUUACUGUAUUGAAUUAAAUGAUGAUUGAUUAAAUUUCCA